AUGUCUCAACAAGCAAAAACAUUUUCAUCAUCAUCGGAGCAAAACGAAAUGAUCGAGCCUAAUCAUCAUCCCGAAAUAAUUUCCGAAUCGAAUAAUGGCUGUACUUUUAGUAGUAACAAAUUGUUUUCCAGUGUUAGACAAGAAAGGAAUGAUAAAUUUCAAAAAGAAAGUUCAGCACGAGUAGAAAAGGUUGAGGAUGUCGAUGAGAAUGGACAAAAAGUAACCAUUCAAAUUCUUUCAGGAAGACAGGAUAAUUAUAAUGGAGUAAAUAUAACCAUUGAUUCAGAAAUUGAGAAUUUUGAAAAAGUCAUGACCAAUUCAUUGCAAUACUGGAUGAAGAAAAAGAAAAGAGGAGUUUGGAUUUAUGUCACUUCAGAAUUUUCUGAAUACAUACCGAUUUUGUUGAAGAAAUUCCAGUUCAAGAUGCAUCAUACAAAUGAAGACAUGCUCAUGUUAACGAGAUGGCUUCCCGAAACCUAUAAUUUUGAUCCUAAAGCAGAUCCCAACAAGAUUCCAAAGUAUGCACAGCAUUAUGUUGGUGCAGGAGGUGUUACUAUUGAUUUUAAGCGAAAUCAAAUUUUGCUUUGUACCGAACGUCACGGUAGGAAGCCAAAGGGAAUGGGACAUUUAGAUUUUUGGAAAGUUCCAGGAGGUAGUGUCGAUGAUCCAAACGAGCAUAUUGGAGAAGGAGCAGUGCGUGAAGUAUUUGAAGAAACAGGAGUCAAGUCGUCAUUCAUUGGCAUCAUGGGCUUCCGUCACCUCUUUGGUUUUAGAUUUGGAAAGAGUGAUUUUUAUUUUAUUUGCCUUCUUGAAGCAAAAAGCAGAAAAAUCGAUAUUGACACCAAUGAAAUUGCAAAAUGCCAAUGGUUUGACUUGGAAGAAUACUACAAAAUGGAUCACCUUAAUUUUGUACAAUCCGUCAUUCGAGAUUCUGUUCGUGAAUUUAUGAGUCGAGAUGAAGAGCAACGAAAGCAAAUGCUCUGGAGUAUGUUCGACAACAGUCUUUCAGAAAAGAACGCUGCCUUAAUGUAUCACAGUGUAGAUUUAACACACAUUGCACAAGAGAAAGCAUUUGCCAAUGCCAAAGAAAAUACUGAUCCCUCUCUCAUGUAUUGCUACAGAGGAAAAACACUUGAUCCAGAGAUUCAGUACCAAUAA